AUGGAGCUUGCCAAAGUAAGCAGUACGGAAAAGCCCCCCCGUCACGACGCUGGCCAAGAAAUGAAGCAUGGUGAUUCCUUGAUCAACCCGGACGAUGCUGCUCUGAUGGCUCUCGGGAAGAGCGCUGAACUAAAGCGCGUGUACAACUUCUGGACAUUAUGUGCUUACCAGGUCAUGAUCUCGGCGACCUGGACUUGCAUUGUCGUCUUGUAUGGAACCAUCUUUGACCUUGGCGGACCGGUCGGCUUGAUAUAUGGAUCUAUCAUUGUUGCCAUCGGGCAGACACUGCUCAUGGCGUCUCUUGCCGAGUACUGCGGUAUUUGGCCAACGGCGGGCGGCCAGCAAUUCUACGUUCAACGGCUAGCUACGGCGACAUACAGACCAUUCCUCUCGUACGCGGUCGGAUGGUGCUUGAUUCUCGCAGAGGUCGCAACAGGUGCAUCCUGCACGCUGAACAGCGCGAAUAUUAUCUCGACCAUGGUCACGAUAUUUCACCCCAACGUUGACUGGCAGCCAUACCAGACCUUCCUCAUCUACUUGCUUCUGCUCGUCGUCCCUAUCCUGCUCAACCUCAAGCCCGAGGUGCUCCCCAUUUACAGUACUGUGGGAGCUGUCUUUACCGUCCUCGGAUUCUUUGGCUGGGCUAUCACCGUGCUGGUUACGGCGCCCAAGGCGGACGCAAAGUUUGUCUUCACCACGUUCCUGAAUAACUCAGGAUACAGCAGCAAUGGAUGGGUAUUUAUCCUCGGUUUCUACAACCCCCUGUAUGGACUUUACGGGACGGACAGCAUGAUGCAUUUGGUGGAGGAGAUGAAGAAUGCCGCAGAAGACGCACCGAGAGCUAUGGUCUGGUCCAUGGUCUUCUCCGGCGUCAUGACUUUGAUCACCGACCUCGUGCUCCUGUACUGCUGCGGUAACUACGAGACAUACGCAGUAGCUCUUUCUCCCUACGUCGACUGGUUAACGGACGUGACCGGCAGCAUUGGUGGAGGCAUAUUCAUUGCAGUUGUAUUCAUUGUUGUGAAUCUGCUGGUGUCCACCGGUCUUCUGUCCUCCUGCUCCCGCCUUGGAUGGCGAAUGGCACAGGACAGGGCAUUCCCGUGGUCCGAUUGGCUUGAGAAGAUGAACCGCAAACUGCAGAUUCCACUCAACUUCAUGUUGGUUCUGGUCGUGGUUGAGGCUGUGCUUGGUGUCAUCUCCUUGGGAAGUGAUCUGGCUUUCAAUGCUAUUGUCAGUGGAGCCGGUGUGUCUUUUACAAUCGGAUAUACGCUUCCCGUUAUUGUAACUCUUAUUCGAGGCCGGUCGGUACUCCCAGAUCGUUCCCAUUUUGAUCUCGGACGUUGGGGAUAUCUGAUCAACUACAUCUCCGUUGCAUGGGCCAGUCUGGUUAUUGUUAUCUACGUCAUGCCACUCUACGUCCCGGUCGAUGCUGGUGAGAAUAUCGGCAACAUGAACUGGGCUUCUGUUAUAGUUGGGGCCACACUCCUCUUUUCUGGUACUUAUUGGGUAUUUAAGGCGAGGUUUAAAUACCUAAAGGAUGGAUUAAUAGCGACUGCGGCGGUGCCUAUACUAGAAGGCAUGCCUGUUAUUCCCUAG